AGCAGGGAAUGAGGACGACCCAGGCCUUGGGGUCUCACUGUAGCUGAGAGAGGCGGGGGUCUGUGGAGGAAGGCGGGGUCUACCGGAGCUAGGAGGCGGAGCUAGAAGGAAGCCGCAGUGCUGUGUAGCUUUUGGGGGAAGGUGAAGCUGGGACAAGGGGCGGGGUCUGAGGUGGGCAGGGCCGCCGGCCCCUGAGUCUUGGGUCUUGGAGCUAAAGUGGGUCCUCUGAGAAGCUCCUGGGUAGCGGAGCAACUCUUCUUUUGUACCCCCAGUGUGUGUGUGUCUGACCUGCCUCGUGCAGCUCAGGAGAAGGGAUUCACUAGGCUGGGGUGCCUCUUUUGGAGAAGGUGAGGACUGGCUGAGGUCUGUGACCAUGAAGGUCAAAGUCAUCCCGGUACUUGAGGACAACUACAUGUACCUGAUCAUUGAGGAGCACACACGGGAGGCAGUGGCUGUGGACGUGGCUGUGCCCAAGAGGCUGCUGGAAAUUGCAGGCCGCGAGGGGGUGUCUCUGACCACGGUGCUGACCACCCAUCACCACUGGGACCACACACGUGGAAAUGCGGAGCUGGUGCACCUGCGGCCGGGACUGGCAGUGAUGGGAGCAGAUGAGCGCAUCUGUGCGCUAACCCGCAGGCUGGCACAUGGGGAGGAGCUUCGGUUUGGGGCCAUCCAUGUACGAUGCCUCUUGACGCCGGGCCACACCUCUGGCCACAUGAGCUACUUCCUGUGGGAGGAUGAAUGCCCGGACCCACCAGCUCUCUUCUCUGGUACCUUGCAGCCUGGACUCAUCCACUUAUGCAAUUUCACUGUGCCCUCCCUGCCCCCUUCUGACCCUCUUUCCUCCCUAGGGGAUGCUCUGUCAGUGGCAGGCUGUGGCUGGCAUCUGGAGGAUACUGCACAGCAGAUGUACCAGAGCUUGACCAAGAUCCUGGACACCCUGCCACCCCAGACGAAGGUGUUCUGUGGUCAUGAGCAUACACUGAACAAUCUUGAAUUUGCGCAGAAAGUGGAGCCCUGCAACGACCACGUGCGAGCUAAGCUGUCCUGGGCCCAGAAGAGAGAUGAUGAUGAUAUACCUACUGUGCCUUCGACACUGGGUGAGGAGCUCUUGUACAACCCUUUCCUGAGGGUAACAGAGGAUCCAGUGCGUGAGUUCACAGGCCAGGUGGCACCAGCCCAGGUCCUGGAGGUACUCUGCAGGGAGCGAGCACGCUUCCAGCUUGCUUUGGAACCACCGCAGCCCCAGGUUCGGGCACUCCUGGCCUUGCAGUGGGGGCUUCUGAGUACACCCCAGGAAAAAUGAGCCAUGUGGGAAGGCUGCUUGUCUCCACACCCCUUCUCCUGAUCUCAAGCUGACUGGAACCCUGCCUCCAGAACAUUCCUCUGAGGCCCUGCUACCCUGCUUUAAAGAACCAGCAAAUGGUGCUUUCCUUGUCUCUACUGCUCAGGGGGCCAGACAGGCGGACUCUCCGGAGGAGCUGUUGUAGGCCCUGAGACAUACAUGUCUGGGGGCUGAGAAGGGUGAAUAAACUUGGAAAGGCCCAGUGUGGUGCCAGACACACAGGA